AGCGAAUGACCUUGGUGUCUGAUCCCUGGAAUCAUUGAAGUGUUGGUGCGAGCUGGAUGGCUGGGUCUAGUGAUCACCCUGUUUGUCCACCAUGAGGCAGACACAUCCCGCUGCGAACAGGGCAAGUAUCUCCUGCGAAUCUUCCUUGUAGGGAGCAUGGUGAUCCUUGGGGCCACACUCAUCACCACUGUUGCCCUUGUGUACCACAGCAGCCGGGGGACCAUCAUGGAUGUGGGCCCAAGGAGACAUGUCCCAAAUCUGCUGAUCACAAGGGUCAUUCUGGGUAUCCCUGAAGUUGCCUGGAAUGGAAUGGGCAGCAUGUGGAUAAUACUGGGGCUGGUCAUGUGUCAUGAUGCCCUGUCUAUUCUCAUGAAAGCUCUGGUCAUCUAUACAUGGGUAGCCAUUGGCGUGAUUGUGAUUGGGGUGUGGCUGCUGUUCGACCCCAUGAUGCGACCGAACAGGCAAGGGCCUAAUGAGGGUAGCUACCUUGUUGAAGGCGGUGCUUUAGGAACUCACUACAUCCAGUUGUGGGAGAAACGCUGUCGAUUCCUGUGUUGCUUGACAUCUAGAGAUGAGAAUAGCUCAGAAGCCUUCAAGAAUGUUGCAGAUGUAUUUGCCUCACUGUUUGAAGAGAGUGACCUUGUGGCCUCAGAUGUGGCUGCAGCCCUGGUGCUCCUGCGUCUCAAGAGGAAGCAAGAAGAACGCCAAGAGGAAGCCAUUAGGAAAAAUAACCUUCACCUGCCUCUAAGUCGCUCCUCCACAGCAAGCAUUGGUGCCCUGCAGAGUGAAGGUGCAUUACCCCACCAGCAAUCCCCUCGGCCAGAAUGGAUGAAAGUGGGCAGUGCUUAUCACUUCAUGAAGUUUGCCUUGGCUUCCUAUGGAUGGCCAUGGUUUGUGUAUGGCCGUUUCUGUCAGGCUUGUUGUUCCCUCUGGAAGCAUCUACACUGCUGUGCAAACUGCAGGGCGGACCCAUCCCUAGAUGCAAAAGACAACUGUUGCCUAUGUAAUACAGCUGCACUGAAAGCUAUAACAGGACUGGAUCAAGAAAGCAUUUCAUACAUCACAUUCCAUAAUAAAAUUUAUGAAGUUCCAUUUUUCGUUGCCAUUGACGAUGAAACAGAGCAUGUUGUGGUGGCCAUCAGGGGGACAUUGUCUCUUCAGGAUGCUAUUACAGACCUAACGUGCCAGUGCACAGAAGUGGAGGGUGCAGGGCUUCCAGAGGGUUGCCUGGCUCACAAGGGAAUGGUUCAUGCUGCCAAGUUUGUUCAACGCAAACUAGAGGAGACGAGGGCACUGAGGGAAGGCUUGGCAUCGCGUCCUGGGUAUGGGGUUGUCAUCACAGGCCAUAGCUUGGGUGCUGGCACAGCAGUAGUCUUGGCAGCUCUUAUGCGACCACAGUUUCCCAACCUCAAGUGCUUUGCCUUCUCUCCGCCAGGUGGGCUAUGCUCAAAGGAAUUUGCCCUGGCCACUCAGAGCUUUGUGAUGUCAGUUGUUGUGGGUGAUGAUCUUGUGCCUCGUCUGUCCAUGAAUUCCCUCCACGAUCUACGCUACAAGAUCAUGUGUGUCCUGAACACUUGCAGACAGCCUAAGUAUCGUGUGCUGGCCCAGGGAUGCUGGUACAUGCUCUUCGGCAUUUCCUCAUCUUCGCUGGAAUCGGUUAGUACUAUCGAGAGUCCAUCGCAAGAUCGUCCACUCCUUGCAAAUGCUGCAAAUGCCUAUACUUAUCAUUCACCCAAAAUCACGCAGGAGAGCAUGGAGGAUGUGCGGGUGACCUUCUCCGACGAUGACUCAAGAAGGUGUCAAGUGCCACGACACACAGAGACACCGCUCUAUCUUCCAGGAAGAGUCCUCUACUGCAACCCAAGCUUGCCUGAGGAAGAAAGACUAGAGGUUGUAAGCAGCGAGUGGGAAUACCGAUGGGGUGACAUGAACGAGUUCACACAGCUGCUCAUCUCACCUUUCAUGAUGCGACACCAUUUGCCACAGGUGGUUCUUGCAGCCUUGGAGGACGUAGCACAGCAGGUGGCAUCCCCAAGCUAACCAAACAUCCUGUGGUGCUUUGAUUUUUAUGUUGGUUUUAACGAGAUUGAAAAAAAUAUGGAACUAUGGAGUACAUGUAUUAUACUGUUGUGUCUCUCACUAUCUUGCUCUCCUCUCAUGUUCUCUCUGGUGGUGACAGCAUGAUGUGCUGUUUUUGUACAUGAAAAUCAAUCAAGCUGAGUGUGUUGAGAGCAGUCACCUGUAUUUUGAAAAGGCUAUAUCUGGUGGAAGAAUAUAAAGUCAUACCCUCAUUUUUAAAAAAAUUCUUGGGAAUGUAAAGGCAAAUUUGGACUUUCAAACACUGAAUACAGUGGCAUAACACUCUGAAGAGAUUGUUCAGAACACCACAGAAUUGAUAUUUCAGUGUUUGGUCAAUGACAUAUCCACAUCUCAGUCACAGCUGUAUUUUGACAUCCAGAAGAACCACAGGUGUCUGAUUAAUAAACCCUGCUUUACUUACUUGUAUCACUCUUUUGUAACAAUGUUGCAUAUCGUAUAGUAGGGUAUACAUUAAUGACAAUCGAUUAAUGAACGAGUAGUUGGGGAAUAUGCUAAAUAUUCAUCUUCUCUGAGAUGAAAUGGGACUUUGCUCAUGUCUCUGAAAAGUAGAAGUGACAAUAAGAACAGUUUUUAGUGAUAGCAUAGAUUAUGAUAGGAUUUUGCUGGUAACUGACAAAACUGUAAGAUAGCAUGGAAGUUUACUAGAGUGAAUAGAGAGGAAUAUUUAUAUUUGUUUACCUUGUAUAUGAAAUAUUCAUAAAGAAGAGGAGGAAAUUAUAGCUUAUAACUUAGCCUGAUGGAUAGCUUUUGGCAUGUUACACAAGAACACUCAGACUUUAUGGUAACAGUGAACAACUCCUAUAUGAAGUCCUUCCUUAAUGUUUUGUGAUAAAUAAUUAUAGUCACUGCCAUUGGCCAGGGGGUUAGAAGGUACCUCCGGGUGUGGAGGACAGGGGUUUAAUACCACAGGCUGAUGUUCCAGCCAGACUUCCAGGUCACUGUUUAGUGUGAAUGAGGGACUGGUAGGGAUGACUUCACAUUGAGACAUACAGAAAUUCCCUAUCUUGUGAAAAUCUCCCAGUUGAUCUCUAUUUAGAUUCAAAACAUGACCCUUAUCUGUUGCCAUAUGACCCUUAUUGCCAAUAUUUAAGGGUUAUAAGGUAAAAGGGGAAGAAUUUGCUCACUUUUUUGUCCUGUUAGUGGCACUUUUAAGACCAGAUAUGUGAGGGAUAAAGACUUUGCUGUCAUAAAUCAUCUCGCUACACCAAAUAUUACAACCAAAUGCUAAAUACUUUCAUAUGCUCUCUUGUCAUAUUAGUUAAGAAUACAUUCUAAGUAUAUUGA